CGUAAAAUAUUAACUUUUUUUAGUAUUUUUUAGCAACAAAGUUGAAAUUAUGAGUGAGAAGAAAGCAAGCAAAAGGGAAAGGAACUCGAAUAACAAGGAAGAGGAAUUAAAAAAGAAAAAGAAGAAUAUUCUACAGGAGAGCAGUGAUUUAUAUAAGUGCUUUAUUUCUUAUCGCGAUCACCUUGAUAAACGAAAUGAUAAAUAUGAAAGACUUGUAAAAUCAAGUCGGGACAUUACAAUCAGAAGUAAAAGGGUGAUUUUUGGAUUACUAAGAAAACAUGAAGAACCGGAAAGUUUAGUUGCUGAAGCUGAGGAAAACAUUAAACCCAUUCUAGAGUUGAUUUCUAAAAUUGCUGAAGAAUUAGUAAAUGAGGAUCCCUAUCAAUUUCUAAGGGCAGUUUCACCAGGUUUGCAAGAGUUCAUUGAAGCCGUGUCUUUGCUUCAUUACCUCAAAUCGAAAAAGCUGGUAUCUUACGAAGAAGUUCUAAGUUUGUACUUUCAGUUCAAAAACAACAAGGUUUUAUUAACCCAUUAUGAUUAUGUGCUUGGUGUGGCUGAUCUUACUGGAGAACUUAUGCGUAUGGCUAUUAAUUGUAUUAGUGAGGGCAAUCCAACCAGGGUUGAUGAAAUAUGUUUAAUGUUGAGACUUAUACAUAAUGAAUUUUCUGUUUUUUCUGGAGUGCAUAGAGACAUGAACCGAAAGAUGAACGUGAUGAAGAACAGCUUAAAGAAAGUUGAGAAUGCUUGUUAUAUUUUAAAGAUUCGUGGUUCAGAAGUGCCAGCAUUUUUGUUAGAAGAUCUCAAUAUGUUAAAGGAUUCAGACGAUAAUUUGUCAAUGUGAAAUUAAGUUUCAUGUAUAUAAUGGUACAUUAAAAAAAAUCUGUCUGGUUAA